CGGUCAGCGGGUGGGUUUAUUUUUGGGUCAGUGACUGUGUCAAUGGCUGCAGAUGCGUCAGAAAGGAAGGCUCUGAGAUACAAGCAAACCCUGCUCUAUGGGGAGUACCAGGAGCACCAGGGAGGCUCCGGCAGGCGGGAGGCCACGCGCCUGCUGACCGAGAGGCAGAUCAAGAAACACGGCGACCACCACCGCGGCCACGGGAAGACGCGGCACGGACUGGGCCGCCGUGGUCAAAAUGGAUACCAGAGUCGCUAUCAGAGCCGACACAGGAACAGGCGCCAGUCCAACAUGGAGGCUGAGGCUGCUGAUGAGCAGGCAGCCGACCCGGACAUCAUGUCGUCCAUGAAGAAGAAACGCUCGUACUCUAAGUGUAGAGACUGCAUAGCACGUGUGCAGAGGUUCCUCGUGACCCGGUUGGGAGAAGACUGGAUCUUCCUGGUUCUGCUGGGCAUCAGCAUGGCGCUGGUCAGCUGGACGAUGGACUACGCCAGUGCAAAGAGCCUGGAAGCCUAUAAAUGGAUUCAUGGGGAGCUGAGGGGGAACAUCCCGUUACAGUUCCUGGCCUGGGUUUCAUAUCCCCUGCUGUUCAUCCUGUUCUCCUGCCUCUUCUGUAACCUGGUGUCUCCUCAAGCGAUCGGCUCUGGAAUCCCAGAGCUGAAGACCAUCCUGAGAGGCGUCGUGCUGAAGGAGUAUCUGACCCUCAAGGCCUUUGUAGCUAAAGUCAUCGGCCUGACAGCGGCGCUGGGCAGCGGCAUGCCCGUGGGCAAAGAGGGCCCGUUUGUCCACAUCGCCAGUAUCUGUGCUGCAGUUCUCAGCAGGUUCAUGUCCUUCUUGUCAGGAGCUUAUCAGAAUCCAUACUGUUAUACAGACAUCCUAACAGUGGGCUGCGCUGUCGGAGUGGGCUGCUGUUUUGGUACUCCCCUUGGAGGGGUGCUGUUCAGUAUCGAGGUGACGUCCACGUACUUUGCUGUGAGGAACUACUGGAGAGGAUACUUUGCAGCUACGUUCAGCGCCUUCAUAUUCAGAGUGUUAUCCGUGUUCAACAAAGACGCAGUGACCAUCACUGCUCUGUUCAGGACAAACUUUCGUAUGGAUUUCCCCUUCGACCUGCAGGAGCUGCCGGCGUUCGCCAUCAUCGGGAUUUGCUGCGGCUUCCUGGGAGCGUUCUUCGUUUAUCUCAACAGAUGCGUGGUUCUGUUCAUGAGGCGACCCAACGCCAUGACCCGCUUCCUGACCAAACAUCGCCUUGUAUUUCCUGCUGUGGUGACGCUGGUCAUUGCCACCUUGACCUUCCCGCCCGGGUUUGGACAGUUCAUGGCAGGAGAGCUGAUGCCCAGGGAGUGCAUCAACUCUUUGUUUGAUAACUUCACGUGGACGAAGAUCUCGGGAUCGACUCUUCCUCUCGGUCUGGGCCGCUCGGCCGCCUGGAUCCACCCGGACGUCAGCGUCUUCGUCGUUCUGCUCCUCUUCCUCCUCAUGAAGUUCUGGAUGUCUGCUGUGGCCACCACCAUGCCCAUUCCAUCUGGAGCCUUCAUGCCAGUCUUCAUACUGGGAGCUGCGUUCGGCCGGCUGGUGGGGGAGAUCAUGGCGACUCUGUUUCCUCAGGGGAUCGUGUUCGAUGGCAUCCUCUACCGCAUCAUCCCCGGAGGGUACGCAGUAAUUGGAGCGGCGGCGUUGACCGGUGCGGUGACUCACACGGUGUCCACGGCAGUUAUAUGCUUCGAGCUGACAGGCCAGAUCUCCCACAUCCUGCCCAUGAUGGUGGCAGUGAUCCUGGCCAACAUGGUGGCUCAGGGCCUGCAGCCCUCCCUGUACGACUCCAUCAUCCAGGUCAAGAAGCUGCCGUACCUGCCGGAGCUCGGCUUCGGUCACAUGAGCCAGUACAACAUCUUCGUUGAGGACAUCAUGGUGAGAAAGGUGAAGUUCAUAUCCUCUCAAUCCACCUACCGAGAAGUCAAACUGCUGAUGGACUCCUCCUCACUCAAGUCGAUCCCGCUGGUCGACUCAAAAGAGUCCAUGAUCCUGCUGGGCAGCAUCGACAGGUUGGAGCUGCUGGCUCUCUGUGAUUGGUGGUUGUCACCGGACAGGAGGCUCCUCAUGCAGGAGGAGCAGAACCAGUCUCAGAAACACAGCUGGGAGUCCUUCGCCUUCGUGGACGAGGAUGAAGAGGAGGAGGAAGGGGAGAAGGGCGGUCCAGUCCAGGAGGAGAGGAACGGCCCGCUGCCUCCUCCCAGAGCCCAGGAGCCGUCCUCUAACCACACCACUCCCAGUCCCGAGAAAGGUCCUCUGCAGUCCGUGAGGAGAACCCUGACGAGCCUCUUCACCUCCACGAGCAGACCGACUGAGGGGCAGGCGCAGGAGCCUUGUCCUCCGCCCCUGUCGGACACAAUGUCUCCAGAAGAGAUCAAAGAGUGGGAAGAGGGCGAGAUGGACAAGCCGAUGGAAAUCGACGAGAUCCGAGUGGACCCCUCCCCCUUCCAGCUGGUGGAGAGAACGUCGUUACACAAGACUCACACCUUGUUCUCCCUGCUGGGGCUCAGUCACGCUUAUGUGACCAGUAUCGGCAAACUGGUGGGUGUGGUGGCGCUGAAGGAGCUCCAGAAGGCCAUCGAGGGCUCCACCCGCUCCGGGGUCCGUCUCCGUCCUCCUCUCGCCAGCUUUCGUGACAUCAGCAAACACAAACCUGUCUCUAAACCUCCGUCCUCCUCUCCCGCUGCUCCUUCCUCCACGACGUCCACCUCCCCUCCCUCGGCUCCCGCUGCCCCCCUGCCUCCGUCCUCCUCCUCCACGCCUCUCCCCCACCACCAGAGUGAGACGGAGGUGUGGAUCGAGGGGACGACGGGGGAGGCGGAGGAAACGAGCAGUGCGGGGAGCGGGGGGGUUUUCUGCACAGCCAGUCGGAGUUGCAGCUUCGACAGCAACCUCAGCCUCCCUCCCUCCUUCACUCCUCCCCCGGGGCCUUUCUCCUCCACCGCACCUCCUUCUCCCUCCUCCAUCCCUCUCUCCAGCCCGAGGCCCCGUCAGGGACGCCUCGAUGGGGGGGAAGACAGCGAGGAUGAGCCGAUGGUUUAGAUCAGACGAGCUUGACUUUUUUAUAAAGAAUCUUUUUUUAAUGGUUUGAGUUUUUUUCUUCUGUUCUUAAUUUUUUGCUCCGGUCGUUGGACUUUCACAUUUACCUCUUUACUGAUGCUGAUUCUCAUUUCACUGGACUUCACCUCCUCCUCCUCCUCCUCCUACUCUACCUCCUCCUCGUCCUCCUCCUCGUCCUCCUCGUCCUCGUCCUCGUCCUCCUCCUGGUCCUCGUCCUCUCUGUCUUUCACCAGCUCUGUGUCUCUACGAUGUUUGAGACCGUCCUCAUGCUUUUCUCUCUCUCGUUGUUCACCCACCUUCGCUCUGGAGGGUUAAACUUCCCACUGAAGUUUUCCUCUGUUCUUAAACUUUAUUUUACUAAACUGUUUCCUUCAGGAUUAUUUACUUGUCAGGGAGUCAAACGAACUAAUACAAAAUAACUCCCCACUACAACUCAUUAUCUCAUUGUUAGUGUCCUGCUCUGCUCCGGACUUGAACCACCGACUUCCUGCUUUACCUCCUGAGUCAUAAUGUUAACAUGUCAAAUAGUGAAGAGCUGAUUUAAAUCCACACCUUGAGACUCUAUCUACCUGAAAGCAGCAGCUUGAUGAAAGUGAGUUUCUGUCCCUGUGAACAAGGAGAAAGUUUCCUCUUCCCUCUCUGGAGAUCAGUUCAAAACACUCAGAAGUUAUUAACAACCAGAGUUGAUCUCCAAUAUUCAGCAGGAAACUUUUAAAUCAUGAAGAUUUGUUACAGCUGCAGCUCUUAAGGUUCAGGAAGCAGAGGAUCAUGGGUAAUAACCAGCGUUCAGUGGUGUCCUCAGAGCCAGUGGGUUAUUGUCUGAUGGUGUUGUAUGAGUAAAUAUCAGUUAGUUGUGCGUUACCUCAUCGUUUGUGUAUCUUUAAAAAAGGGGUUUUGUAUCGGAUGAGACCAGAGGCUUUGGAUUCUCAUCUUUUUUUUAAACCUGCGAUGGAGCAUCUGGACGGCAGGAGACCGAUGGAGCUGCUCAGUCCACUGUGGAGGAACGACCUCCAAACUGUGAGGCGACCUUGAGGACGCAGCCUCAGGACUGAUCCUGGUUCAGUUGAUGGAUGUUGGAGCUGAAGGCGGCUGGCGACACACACAACCCCCGUUCACCAAACACAGCUGUGCCACAGAUUCAGCACCAAGUACCACUUUACAUCCUUUAGACUCGUAAAGAAGAUGUUGUUUAACAGAUCUGUUAAACCCUUCCUCCCUUCUCCUUCAUCGCUCUCAUCUCCUCCUCUUCCUCUGGACUCAGUUUCUCAGGUGCUGUUUUUAAAAGUCUUCAAACCUGCAGAUUUAUCGAGAAGCUCUUCUUCACGUGUGAAUUUAAACAUGUCUGUUUCUUAAGGGCUUGUUUUUAUCCAUCUGUCUGUGGUUGUGAUGUAUUUAUUUAUUUCACUUUUAGGUGACUCAAAUGUUAUCUCUUUUUAAAACUGUGAACAAUGUAGGGAAAUAAAGUUUUAUUAAGUGA